AUGACAAAAAAACCUUCUACCAAAGCUUCGACACCAUCAAAAACAUUUAGGUUUGAUCUCGAUAAUGAAGACAUAGAAGAUGAUAUUUGUGGGGAUGAUGAUCAGACUUUCCAUGUUUCACCUGGACAGGAUACCACUGUUGAAUCGAAUGUCGAGGAGACAAGUAUUCCUGAUGUCACUAUAACCGCAUCUUAUGUGGAUACCAACAUCGCUUCUAGUGAACCCAUUAUUACUUUGAUCCUUGAGCAGACUUCAGUCACACCACCCAAUGUUCCUAUUUUCAAGUCCAAUGUGGAGAAGGGUAGGACUUAA